AUGCUUCACUGUGGUGCCUGCGGAAAAUUUCUUUCCGCAGCGAGUGGCGCUAACUGUUCUGUACGCCCUGGGAAGUAUCACAAGGCCUGCGUGGCUCUACCGGAAAGGACCGCCGUAAGUAAGAACUGGGUUUGCCCAAAUUGUACAGCAAAUGUUCGAAAGGGCGAUAAUAGCCAGACACCGGUGAGAGCUAUCGGCCGUACAUCUCCGAUAACAACAAUUUCUGAACCAGGCAUAUCUGGUGACGCGUGUGACAGUAAGGAGGAUCAGCGAGACAGGGUUUUAGCAGAAUUUAUGGCGGAGAUGCGGGAGUUCCGCAGGGAAAUGGCUGUUCUGCGUGAGUCUUUUUCAGCGCGACUAGAGGGUGUCGAACAGAGGCUGGGGGCGCUCGAGCAGCAUCACCCGGAUCCUGGGACAGGGGGAGCCGCGGAGCUGGAGCGCACUAUCACCAAGUUGAAACAAGAACUCAACGACCGGGACCAGGAGGCCCUUCUUUCGGAUUUAGAGAUAGGUCGGCUUCCGGAGGAUAAGGGGGUGAGCGUAGCCCAAUCAGUGAUUGUCCUCGCCGGACGGCUGAGAGUCACCCUGGAGCAGCGGGAUGUGGCGUUUGCGGAGCGCGUUGGCCCGCCUCCAGCCGAGGCCGGUGGCAGGCCGCGCCGCGUGGUGGUGUGUCUGGCGCGACGACAACUGCGAGACGAGCUGCUUGCUGCGGCGCGGGUGCGCCGCACUCUCACUGGUCCUAAUGAGGGCCGCGUCUUUCUUAAUGAGCGAUUGACACGCCAGAACCGACAGUUAUUUCACCUGGUUCGGGAAGAAUGUAAAAAGCUGCAAUGGCGUUACUCGUGGACGAGACGGGGACGCAUAUAUGUUCGGAUAUAUGCGUCCCCGUCUCGUCCACGAGUUCGGACGGAUGGCUCGCCUGCUUAUAUGCUCAAGUCUCAGAUGAAUGUUGAUAGAGUUCUCUGUCCUACUGGAAUAUGACUGGAUGGAAGCUGUAAUAACUAUAUAUUAUUAAGUAAUGUCUCAUAUAUGCAUUGUAUAAUCGAGGGAAACUGCAUUGGGGGGGGCUAUAUAUUGUCAUAUUCAUAUCGCUCAUUUGAAACCACAAAAUACUGCUGCUGUAGUUAUGGUAUUCGUAACACAUGUUCGGUUCAGACUGAGAAUAAAAACAAAUUUAUAUACAUCAACAAACACAAACAUAUUUCUUUGCGACAAAAAUUUAUUAAAUUCGGGAGUUAUGUACAAUUUCGUAGCUAAGGCAUUCAAAAUGCAUGGUUGGUGCGGACUGAGAGCACAUCCUAAAUUUAUAUACAUUUACAAACAUAAAUAUUAUUAUUUACAACUACAGUGUAAUGUAAACAGAGGUUAUACAAAUUUUCAAUAUGUGAUUGGGUCAGGGUUAUGUCGUUAUCUAGUUUAUGAAUGGCACAGGAGUCUCCAGUUUUUAAUU